CUGUAAAAUUCGUCGUUUGCAUGUAUUUCCACUUGCACGGUAUCUGAAAUUAAUCUAAAUUCUAACAAUAAAUUAGGAAGCAAGACGCCUUUUUUGUUUUUUCUUCACAUUUAUUCGGUGGAUAAGAUUUUAUCCGACCUCUAUCAUCCGGAUAACUUUAACAACCGCUGGAUAACUUUAAUUCGGGCUUUGUGCAACCGAAUCACGCCACUCGGAUACGUUUUAUGCGCUGGAUAAGGAUUUAACCGGUGGAUAAGACUUAUCCAAGCUUUGUGCAACCGGCCCCUGGACGUCUCCCAUCCCCCAGAUCGCCAAUCUUUUUCGAACCCUCCCUCGCAGGCAGAAGAAGUCUUAUUAAAGACGAAAAUUUGGCAGAGUCGAAUUCCAGUUUUUGGUGUAUUGUAUUCAUUCUUGUGGUUCACGCACACCACUAUUUGGGCUGUUUGUAUUUAUUCAGUUUUUCUUGGGGUAAACAAAUCUACCCGAGCGCCUUUGCGGGCGUAGUCGCCAUGGCGAACGCUGGCGAAUGUCUAUUUUGUGAAAACUCAAUGACGAAUACAAGAAAGCAACGGCUUUCCGAGAUUGCUUUUUUCCGCUGCUUUUACAGUUUCUCAACAAAUUACGACUAUGGAUAAUCUUUUUGCACCAAAGUUUACUGCAGAGCUUUGCUUGGCGAUUCUGUCGCCGAAAGAUAGAAGUCUCUACCAAUCAACAUUCAACUACCUUCUUGAACAAUGUUGUACUCCAAUCGAGGUCAAGAGUCAUGGGGAAGCACUCAUCCACUCGAGAAAUGCAAAGUUCGCAAUUAUAAUCAUGCCAGACGAAGAUGUUGAUCUUAUAAAGAAACUCAAGGCUCCAGAUGGUCUGAAUAACCAAACUUCAGUUGUUGUCAUUUCUUCAGAAGACAAAGUUACAGCCUCUCAUCAAGAGAUGUUGGACAACAAGUUGGUGCAACAGGUGGUUCAAAUGACCUCUGACUCCUGCAAAUUCCAGAGUGAUCUACUAGCUGCUGUGAAGCAACAGCUUUGGGUGGAUAGACAUGCAGAUAAUAACAUGUGCACUCUAAAUACAACAAGCCCUGAAACUCAGCCUCAUGGAAACAACCAUUAUCAGAUGCCAGUCCUACCAGAAAUCCCAGGUGUCAUCAGUCUUCCCCGCCAGCCAGGGUUUCUGCCAGGGUACAUGCAAGGUCCUACAGGACAGUUUCCAAUCAUGCCACUACAGCCAUAUACACUUUAUCCACCAAUGCCUGUCUCCUACCCGAACCUGCCGCAGAGCCAUAUGCAGCCCACCUUUACCCCACAGUACAUGAUGCCUAGAGUGGUGAGCUUUAGAAACCAACAUGAUGAGGCUUUUCUCAGCCUUCUUGGUCAAAGUUCACGCAUUAAACCUGAUCCCUCUCAAGGCCAAGCAAAAACAGGAACCACAACCGGAAGCACUAUUGAUGACUCAAACAGCCCCAUGAAGAAUAAAGACCCUGCUAGCACGAAGCCUCUCCCGGCCAUUAAGAAGUUUCUAGAAGCCCUGGGUCCUGUAGAGACUGAAAAAAUAGCAGAAAAAGACCUGAAAGAACAAGAGAACAAGGAAACUAAGGAAAAAAGCGAAUCCGAUGAGCCACCCGCCAAGAGACUGAGAGGGAACACACCCCUGAAGGACAACACUGAAAAAUCUAGCCUUCAAUCACCUAAUGAAACCGCUAAAGGUGAUGUAGAGCAUGAGGGUGAGAAGUAUCCGCUACCCGUUUCUCAGGGCCUUCCCUAUUUUGUCUCACUUGACAAAGAGAUGGAGCGUAUGGCCUUUGACCCUGCAGUGAAGCCAUCUGAUCGGCACAAUGCAAAAGAAAGGCACCGAAGGGUACGCAUCACAAAGGCAGCAGAUUUCUUUCGAGACUCUGUACCCUGCAUGAAUGCCAACAUGGAUAAAGCCACAGUAUUCCACCUGACUGUUUAUUACCUGACAUAUAUCCGCAACUCGCUGCAACAAGAGGAUCCAAGUCUUCUGAGUAACCUGCACAAGUCUUAUCGCCAAGAAUGGGAGAAGUAUUUCAACAUGCAGCAAAUGCUGGACGAGCCCUGUAUGUGAGAAAAUCAAGCCCAUCAACCAAGGCCUAUAGACAAAGCGAGACAUACAUUAGCGGAUGACAGAGAAUCUACGACGGCGCACACGUUGAAAUUAUCCGCGUGAUAAAAGAGAAACGUGGUUUUGCGUGCUCAAAUCUUGUGUGUGCGCCGUCGAAGACUCAACCCCGUCUACUUUUAUGGAGAGUCUACCCGCCCGUCCCAUCUCAGCAGUUAAUAUUUUAUACUUAAACAACCUCUGUCAGUCGCCAUUUUGUCAUCCUAGCAAAGUACAAAGUGUGAAAAAGCAUCCAUUUCCAUCGGCUGAUUUGGGGAAGCCAAUGAGAUAUUUAUGAUUGAAUUUGGUUAAUAAAGUAUUAAACUCUGCUUUUAGAGGGUUGCUCCGAGGUUUUAGCACAUUAUGUGCCUUCCAAUAUGAAAUGACGACAAUAUCAAAGGUGUGGCUGACACAAGGGCUCUCUUAAAAGACGGGGUUCAAAACUACAAUAAAUUCACGAGAUCUUUGGAAGACAUGUCUAGAAUAUUUACCUCAACAAACUAUUGUGACGUAGAUAAAGCAAGGAACGAAGCCCUUUAAAGGUCAAAUUAACCAAUGUCAAGAAGCCUAUGAACAAUGUAAGCUUUUUUUACCAACACACCAGUCAUAUCUAGAUGUAUCAUGUGAAAAAAAGGACAUUUUAGUAUAAUUCAUUGCCGUCGAAUUCACAGCAAAUUCGCCAAUAUAAAUAAUUCUAAGAUUAUUUCGUCGAAAUUAUUAUUAUUUUAAUUAAUACGUCCAUCAGACCUCUUCUGGCGUGGGGUAGAUGGAUUUUUUGUAUUAUAUAAGCAUUACUGGCGAGCUGGCCCGGCAAUGAUUUAGUUGCCAUACUACCCAUGUACAUGUGUAUUGUUAUCUCAUCAUCCUAUCGAAUUGUUACGUUUAUUUAUUUAUUUAUUCAUUCAUUUAUUGUUUCUUUUGUUUUAUUUAUUAUUUAUUUAUUAUCAACCGUAGUAUGUGCAUGGGUAGUUGGUACGCUGCCCCUCAUUGCCGGAUUAGCUCGCUAGUGGCAAUUAUUGUAUUUAAAGGUUAAAGGUUAAAGUACAUUGUACAAAACGCUCACACACGUCACGACCCAUGGAGACUGAAUCGCAAGCUAUAAGCUUUAUAUUGUUUACAAUGUGUCUUUACCAAUUUGCGUUUACAUUAAGAUAUCCUGCAAAACAGGAUCAGACAUA